AUAUAUAUAUAUAUAUAUAUAUAUAUAUAUAUUUGUUUAUGCACAUUGGUGGUACAUAAAAGAUGUCAUGAAUUUGUAAAUUUUGUAUGUCCCGGUGCUGAUAAAGGUGUUGAUACAGAUGAUCCUCGACAACAACAUAAAUGGAAGGUUCAGUCAUAUUCAUCGCCAACAUUUUGCGAUCAUUGUGGUUCAUUGCUCUAUGGCCUAAUACAUCAGGGAGUGAAAUGUCAAAAUUGUGCAUCAAAUGUACAUCAUAAAUGUGUCAGAUAUGUACCAAACAUGUGCGGUACAGAUCAUACAGAAAAACGUGGUCGUAUAUAUUUGGAAAUUCAGGUGGUUGGAAAUUCCCUAAAAGUUCACGAAGCCCGAAAUUUGAUACCUAUGGAUCCGAACGGCCUAUCUGAUCCCUACUGUAAGCUGAAGUUAAUUCCGGAUGAGAAUUCAAUAAAGUCAAAGCAAAAGAGUAAACGGUUAAAAGCGACACUGAAUCCAAUAUGGGACGAACAUUUUGAAUACGCUUUACAACCGUCUGACAAAGACAGACGGCUGUCAGUGGAAGUUUGGGAUUGGGAUAGAACAUCCAGAAAUGAUUUUAUGGGCUCAUUGUCAUUCGGCAUCAGUGAAUUGAUGAAGGAACCGGUUGAAGGAUGGUACAAACUGUUGAGCGCCGAAGAAGGUGAGUAUUACAACAUCAAAAUACCGCCUGAAAAUGAAGAACAGGUGGAAUCGUUAAAGGAAAAAGUGAAAGAACUUAGCGCGAAAGAGAAAGCAGGACUUCAAAAACCGCUUGCAAAACCCAGUCAACACGACGCUGUUCAGGCCUCAGACUUUAAUUAUUUGGCAGUUUUAGGCAAAGGUUCUUUUGGAAAAGUACUACUUGCUGAACAUAAAGAAACCAAAGAAUAUUUUGCUAUAAAGAUUCUCAAGAAAGAUGUGAUCGUUCAAGACGAUGAUGUAGACUGCACCAUGUCGGAGAAAAGAGUGUUAGCUUUACCAGACAAGCCGCCGUUUUUAGUUUCUUUGCAUUCCUGCUUUCAAACUAUAGAUCGUUUAUACUUUGUAAUGGAAUUUGUUAAUGGUGGAGACCUGAUGUAUCAAAUACAACAAGCUGGAAGAUUUAAGGAACCAGUAGCUGUAUUUUAUGCUGCCGAAGUCGCUGUUGGUUUAUUCUUUUUACACUCUAAAGGCAUCAUAUAUCGUGAUUUAAAAUUAGACAACAUUAUGUUAGACAAAACCGGUCAUAUCAAAAUAACAGAUUUUGGAAUGUGUAAGGAGAAUAUUUUUGGCGAUACAACAACAAAAACAUUUUGCGGUACUCCAGACUAUAUUGCACCUGAGAUCAUUCUCUAUCAACCAUAUGGUAAAUCUGUAGAUUUGUGGGCGUAUGGAGUAUUGAUAUACGAGAUGCUUGCUGGACAACCACCAUUUGAUGGUGAAGAUGAAGAUGAACUUUUCACUGCGAUAACUGACCACAACGUUUCAUAUCCGAAAUCAAUGUCCAAAGAGUCAGUGUCAAUAUGUAAAGGUUUGAUGCAAAAAAAUCCUAGCAAGCGGCUUGGGUGUGGUAAAGAUGGCGUUCGAGAUAUUAAAGAGCAUGCGUUUUUCCGUCGAAUAGACUGGGAUAAAAUUGAAUCACGGCAAACUCAACCACCGUUUAAACCUAAAUUAAAAGACGACAAUUCCACGGAAAAUUUUGAUUCAUUGUUUCUAAAACAACAGGUCAAAUUGACAAUGCCGGAUUGGGUGGUUCUUGGAAACUUGCGUGGCGAUGAAUUCGCUAAUUUUACCUAUAUUAAUCCAAAUUAUUAUCAGGCAGUAGCUGAUGAAAAUUAG